GUAGCCGGUGGGAGGAGCCGCUUUCCUGCGAUUGUCUGUCUGCGCGCACACCGCGCGCAUUCCUCUAAAGUUGCGUUCUCGAGACACACUGCGUCGCGGAGGAUUGCGCGCCGAGACACUCUCGCUUGCUUCUAACAUCGGGGUUUCUUUUGUUUCCCCUUUUGGUUUCUCUCAAGAUGACAGAAGAAAAGAAUGUCCGACAUUUAAAGCUGGUGACUGACCAGCUUCUGUGGGAUUUGAUGUCACCUUUAGAUCGGUUCAAUUGAAGAUGGAAACACUGGAGUCCGAGCUGACGUGUCCGAUCUGCCUGGAAUUGUUUGAGGACCCCCUCCUGCUGCCCUGCGCCCACAGCCUGUGCUUCAACUGCGCCCACCGCAUCCUGGUCUCGCACUGCUCCAGCACCAAGCCUCUCGAGUCCAUCUCCGCCUUCCAGUGCCCCACCUGCCGCUACGUCAUCACGCUGAAUCAGCGCGGCCUUGAGGGUCUGAAGCGCAAUGUGACGCUGCAGAACAUCAUCGACCGCUUCCAGAAGGCCUCCGUCAGCGGGCCCAACUCCCCCAACGAGAGUCGCCGGCCGCGACCCUACAGCGCCACGCUCGGCGGGAGCACGAGGGGCAGCCCCGCCAGUAGCGCCAUGUCCCUCGAGCGUGUCGGCUGCCAGUUCUGCGAUCAGGAGCCCCCGCGGGAGGCGGUCAAGACGUGUGUGACGUGCGAGGUGUCGUACUGCGACCGCUGCCUGCGGGCCACGCACCCCAAUAAGAAGCCCUUCACCAGCCAUCGUCUGGUGGAGCCGGUGGCAGACGCUCAGCUGCGUGGGCUGGCCUGCCUGGAGCAUGAGAACGAGAAGGUGAACAUGUAUUGCGUGGUGGAUGACCAGCUGAUCUGCGCUCUCUGCAAGCUGGUGGGACGGCACCGUGAGCAUCAGGUCACCUCACUUAGCGAACGCUUCGACAAGCUCAAGGCUUUUCAAGUGAGCCCUGCCAGAGUUUCUGAAGCGGUAAUGGAGGCAUCAAAGACAAGCGUCGCGCAGACCUUGGAGAAUAACUUAACCAAUCUGGUGAAGAGGAACAGUGAGCUAGAGAACCAGAUGGCCAAACUCAUCCAGAUUUGUCAACAGGUGGAGGUGAACACAGCCAUGCAUGAAGCCAAGCUGGUAGAGGAGUGUGAUGAAUUGGUGGAGAUAAUUCGCCAGAGGAAACAGGUCAUUGCUGUCAAGAUCAAAGAGUCCAAGGUGAUGAAGUUGAGGAAGCUGGCCCAGCAGAUUGCGAACUGCAGACAGUGUCUGGAGCGCUCGAGUGCCCUCAUCACACAGGCUGAGCACAGUCUGAAGGAGAACGAUCACGCCCGCUUCCUCCAGACGGCCAGGAAUGUGGCAGAGAGAGUUGCCAUGGCCACCGCCUCCUCCCAGGUCCUCAUCCCAGAUGUCAAUCUGAACGAGGCUUUUGACAAUUUUGCACUUGAUUUCUCCAGAGAAAAGAAAAUUCUAGAAGGACUGGAUUAUUUGACAGCACCCAACCCUCCGUCUAUACGUGAAGAGCUGUGCACAGCGUCUCAUGACACCAUAACAGUGCACUGGACCUCUGAAGAUGAAUUCAGCGUCACCUCCUAUGAGCUUCAGUACACCAUCUACACUGGCCAGACCAACUUCAUCAGUGAGUCUAAAUACACAACUUACACAGCUUGCUAUCUCACUCUAGGCUGUACAUAG